AUGGAUAUUUUAAUUACUCUCACAGCCCUCCAGGCCAUGAAGACAUUCUUCUUUCUCUUUGCUGUUCUCCUCUUUCUGUCCCCAGCCAAGAAUGCAUUCUUUGAUGAGAAAUGCAGCAAGCUAAAUGGGAGAUGCACAAAAUAUUGUCAAAAAAAUGAAGAACUUAUUUCUCUCUGUCAGAAGACAUUGAAGUGCUGUAUGACAGUCCAGCCAUGUGGAAACAGAGUCAAUAACGCAACUGAAGACUUGAGCACAUAGAGGCUCAAAGAUGACCUGACCGUGUCUUCUUG